AUGAAUACCCCCGCUGACAGGCAACUGGACUCCAGUAUUGAGACAUUCUUCCAAGCUCCUCCACCGGGGAAGUCGGAAUCCUUCUUAGAUAUAUCUGAUCUCCAGAUCUCACAGAGGACAUCUGGAAAGAAAGAAUUCUCCGACUCAGGCUACAGUUCUCGCCCUUCACUUUCAACCACUUCCCAGUCUAGUUCAUCUGAGAUGUUGGAGCGUGAUCCGGCACUUUCUUCGAGUAAUUGUGAUCAAAUACAUGUAACUCCCGAUAUCUCGAUAGAUUCCUCAACUUUUGAUGUAGCGGAACUCUUGAACUUCGAUGGAAUAGAUGAUGUGCCACCUACAGACGAUAACUGGCUAGACAUACUACCAAAUCUUCACCACAUGGGCACCUCUGCAUCUGGCUUCUUUGGUCUGGCCAACUACCACAACUUUCUCCCAGAUCAACAUGUACAUCAGAACAAUGAAGCAACUUUGAAGGAGCCAGCGUAUCUACCCGACCUCAUGGAACUUAACUUCUUUGACUAUAAUGACGAGCUGGAAACUCGAUCUCUUUGA